UGGCACACACGAAAGCGGCACCACGAACGAGCGGCGCAGCAGACACACUCGACCAGGAUGCGGUGAUGCGCGCAUUGCGCGAGGCGGCGGCCAACCGCGCUCAGGACAGCGGCAGCGACGAGGAGAGUGGGAGCGACAAUGAGAGCGGAAGCGAUGAUGGGAGCGGAAGCGAUGUUGGGAGCGGAGGUGGCGAUGGCAGCGACAGCGAUGCCGAGUCCGCCGUUUCCUCUACCCACUCCCCACGACCCUCUCCUCCUCGCCCCGUUGCCCGCGCCUCGGUAGCCACAACAUCUCGCGUCAAGCUCCCUCCGAAGGCCGAUGCGAAGGGCAAGGCCUCCACCGUCUUUGACACGCCCCGCGUCGCGGCAAAUGCGACGUUCGAGAGCCUCGGGCUAUCACAGCCCGCGAUUCAGGCGCUCGCGACUCUCUCCAUCAAGGCGCCUACCGAGAUCCAGACCGCUACGAUUCCGGCCAUGCUCGCGGGCCGCGACGUGAUCGGCGGCGCGAAGACGGGUUCAGGCAAGACGCUCGCCUUUGCCCUGCCCAUUCUUGAGCGCCUUGCGCGUGACCCGUUCGGCAUUGCUGCGCUCGUGCUCACGCCCACGCGUGAACUGGCGUACCAGCUCGCAGAGCAGUUCUUGGCCGUCGGCAAGCCGAUGGGGUUGACCACCGAGACCAUCGUCGGGGGAAUGGACAUGCUUGCGCAAGCGCAGGCACUCGAGCGGCGGCCUCACAUUGUGGUGGCGACGCCGGGGCGACUGUGCGAUCUCCUCCGUUCUGACGGCGUCGAGCAGGGCAAGCUCCGCCGCGUGCGCACUCUCGUGCUCGACGAAGCGGACCGCAUGCUCACGCCGACGUUCGCUCCUGAACUCGCGUACCUCUUCGAGCAGAUCCCCAAGUCACGCCAGACCUGCCUGUUUACAGCGACGAUCAGCGACGCCAUCAUGGAUCUCGCGAAGCGCCCUCCCCCACCGGGCAAGCAGGCGCCUUUCGUGUACCGCGUCGCCUCUGACACCAUGACUGUCGAGAAGCUCAAGCAGAAGUACCUCUUCAUUCCAUCGCAGAUCCGCGACCCAUAUCUCUACUACCUCCUCCUGAACCCGCCGUCGGACAUUGACGCGGUGCUCGCCGCCCCGCGCCCCAAGCCCAAGCCGAAACCCACGAAGCGCGGCAAGCGCGCGCGCUCCGCGACGCCGGAAGACGACACCCCGCACAUCGUCCCCACCAUCAUCUUCACGCAGCGCUGCGCGACCGCCCAGCUCCUCCACCUCAUCCUGGAAGAGCUCGACAUCCCCUCGGUCCCGCUGCACUCGCACCUGACGCAGCCGCAGCGGCUGCUCUCGCUAGCGCGCUUCCGUGCCCGCGAAGUCCCUGUCCUCGUGACCACCGACGUCGGCUCGCGCGGCCUCGACAUCCCCGAGGUCGCGAUGGUGGUCAACUGGGACUGUCCCCGGCGCGCGGACGACUACGUCCAUCGCGUGGGCCGAACUGCGCGUGCGGGGCGCGGGGGUGUCGCCGUCACGAUCGUGACAGAGCGCGACGUAGAGCUCGUCCAGAGCAUCGAGAAGGAGAUCAAGGUCACGCUUGCCGAGCUCGAGCUGCCGGAGAGCACGGUGCUGGAAAAUCUCAACCGCGUGAGCGCGGCGCGCCGCAUGGCCGCGAUGGAGAUGUCAGACUCCAAGUUUGGCGAGCGCAAGGCGAUUAACCAGGCCAAGGCGAUCAAGCGCGCGCGCCGGGACGCGGCGAAGUAGGUCUGGACGGUGUGGUCGAAGCCGCUCAGCCGCCGCUGCGUAAUGUAUAGGCAUCAUGUAUGAUCUACUUGCACGAUAUGGACUGCAGU